GGUGAGGCGCGGCGCGCGGGGACUCCAGUUCGAGGCUCGGUGGGGCCGGGUGGGGGACGCCGGCCUUGAGGCCACUCGACGAGGGCUGCGGGGGGGUCUGAAGGGCGCCUGCCUGGCGCCCCUGCCCGGAUGGCAGCAGUAGUUCUACGAGGAGACACCAUGGGCCCUGAGCGCAUCUUCCCCAAUCAGACCGAGGAGCUAGGGCCCCAGCAAGGCCCCGCGGAAGGCACUGGGGAUUGGAGCGGCGAGGAGCCCGAGGAAGAGCAGGAGGACACCGGGACCAGCCCCACCGGCUACUCGUACCAGCCCCUGAACCAAGAUCCUGAGCCCGAGGAGGUGGAGCUGGCCCCCGUGGGUGAUGGAGAAGAUGUAGUUGCUGAUAUUCAGGAUCGCAUCCAGGCCUUGGGGCUUCAUCUGCCGGACCCACCGUUAGAAAGUGACGAUGAGGAGGAGGCGGGCGCUGCAGCUUUGAGCAGCCACAGUUCUAUUCCCAUGGACCCAGAGCAUGUAGAGCUGGUGAAAAGGACGAUGGCUGGAGUAAGUCUGCCUGCGCCAGGAGUUCCCGCCUGGGCUCGGGAGAUAUCGGACGCCCAAUGGGAAGAUGUGGUACAGAAGGCCCUCCAAGCCCGGCAGGCCUCCCCUGCCUGGAAAUGAGCCCCACUCCCCCAAGCUGCCUUUGCUCCCCACAUUCCAGGCCAGAACCUGCAUGGGACAGGACUGAACACAUCUCUGGUUAUCACAUUCGUCUCUUCUCCACCUCCAGGGCCCCCUUCCCACAUUCAAGGCAAAAUCAGACUUCUUAGAGACCCACUUUAUUCAGUUCUGUACAUAUGGGGACAGCCCAGCCCACUUAGCAUGUAUCAACCCAUGGAGAAUAAAGCACCCUAUGUACACAGCCAGAA